UUGAACGCAUCGUUGUGUAGGUGUUUAUUGUACCAAAUGCAGGAAAAAAGCAAACCAUCAAGCCGUUUAGCACCAAUGUGUUGUAGUCCAGGAAACAGGUUUUAACAUACCUUUUAAGUUGUAGGCCACUUUAUGUUCAUUUAUGCACAAUGAGAUGGACGGCACUGAACAUUUCCCUACUGUGGUAACGAGUUGAAGAAUGACGACUGGUAGGCUUAUGUAUUCAAGCGUAGGCCUACUGUGUGAUGGAAGUUGCCAGUUGUUUGGGGGUUCGUGAAGGAUCUCGCAAAUUGAAAGUUUUGCAGCUGCCCACCUAAAACCAUGCGGAAACUAGCAGCGUGUUUCUUGGGUUCGGUGGUGCUGUCUUCUGUUGGUUCCUUCUACCUGACUAUUUUGGUGUUCGCGCCACGAGAGAAAACGACCGUGAAGCACCCGUACCUCCAGUACAUUAAUUCAACCCUGCCGCCAGUGGGCGGUGCCAUUCGACAUUAUAGGUCACUGCUGGACAAUGAGGCAGUCACUUUAAGGUGUUCUUCAUGCGCCCUAGUGUCGAGUUCAGGGUAUCUUCUCGGCAAAGGGGCGGGUAAUGAAAUCGACAGUCACUCCUGCGUCAUCAGGAUGAAUAUGGCACCGGUACGAGGAUACCAAAACGACGUGGGCAACCGAACCACUCUACAAGUCCUGAACUUCUUCAUGAUUGGGUUGAAAGCCGAAGAGCUGCCGCCCGGCAGUAGGGUUAUGGUCUGGGGUCUGUUUCGGCGAAGCAAGUACCUCGAGAAGGCGCUGAAUUUAGCGAAGAGAUUAAGAGCGGGCUCCACCUUCCACGGGCAAACCGUAGAGGGCGAGAGGGAAGCUUCUGCCCUGUUCACAAAAGAAACGGGCCAGCCAUUAGGGGGGACCAACUCGUGGUUGUCAACAGGCUGGUUUACUCUCAUGAUUGCGGUCGAUAUAUGUCAGGAAACCCAUGUAUACGGCAUGGUGACGUCUGAUUAUUGCGCGAACAACCCUAGAAGGGACUUUCGUUAUCAUUACUACAGCAACAACGGCCGCGAGUGCUCAACCUACCGCCGGGCAGAGACCGAUAGGGGUGGUGGGCACCGCUUUAUGACUGAGAAGGCCAUCUUUGCUCGCUGGGCUCUCCGGUACAACAUCUCAUUCCGCUAUCCAGACUGGAAACUGAACAGGGACAAAGUGUUAGCCGAACUUGAUACCCCAUUUCUUAACACCGCCAACAGAAACAUGUGACGUUUCCGGCAAAGUUGAAGGCUUUCCCACCCGUUGAAAUAGGAGAUUGAAAUAGAGACCUUAAAUGGUGUGCUGAAUGGGGAAAAAAAGAAAAAAAGCAAGUGCCUAAAACCUGCAUAGCCCUAAAACUAUAUGAAAUCCGUGCUAAAUCAACGACACGCAACGAACAGAUGUCAGGAUUCCAAAAAUCAGUCAUCACGCCAACUUCAAACCCUAUUCAGGCAUUCAAGAAAGUUUGACUUUUUAAGGUCCUGAGCGCACUCAAAUGCUGUUUUGGUACUUUUGCUUUUAUUUUUGUGUACACAAAACUGACGUCCCAAGUCUACGCUAAUUACUCAUGUGGAAUGUAAAGUUUAUUUACAACAAAUUAUGGUAAAUGUAUAUAUUUUAUAAAAUAUCUAUAAGUCUGAAGUAUUUGCUUAAUUUUUUUCUAUUGAAUUCUGUAAAAUAGCUCGCUUCCUUUUUGCAGCGUAAUAGUAAAGUUUAACCUAAAACGCACCGCUGAAUUUAUGUGGUAGUUGAUGGUAUGCGCUCCUAGGAAAGUAAAAAUGCUUUUAUUAACUAUGGAACUACAAGUUUUGAAAAAUCAUAAGUUUGGUAAAGAUGUUCGUGAUCACGAAAUGCCUCAAGCAAAGAUGACCAUACGCUGGUGAGGAAGAGAGGAAAGAAAAUAUCCUUUCUCGAACUGUGUCCGUUUGAGUGUGAUCGAAGUUAUACUUAAUAAAGUCCAUUAAAACUGUAGCAACUCAUUCGGAAAAGUCAGCCGUAACAUUACAAGUUCAACGCCAUGUGAUGUACAUUUCUUUGGACAAUAAUUAAUAUGAAAUCAAUGUUGUUAUGUAUAUGAGGGCAUUCACCAGAUGAAUUGCAUUAAAGGAAACAUGCAGUGGACACUUAGC